AUGGGCCUCGCAUAUAACGUUUACCUCAACUCAAGCCGUAUCUACGGAUGCAAAGACUGUAAAACACACCUCUCAAACCACGACGAUAUCAUCAGCAGGAACUUUCGUGGCCAACAUGGAAAAGCGUACCUUUUCAAUACGGUCGUAAACAUCAAAGAGGCGGAACCGGUGGAGCGAAACAUGACGACUGGUCGCCACAUCGUGCGUGAUAUUUCAUGCAAGCAGUGCAAGGUCAUCGUCGGCUGGAAAUAUGACAAAGCCUACGAGACCCCCGAGAAGUACAAGGAGGGAAAGUUCAUCUUGGAGGCAGAGCUUCUGGUGACUGUGCGUUAA